AUGCAGCACCCUAGAGACGCUGCAGCAGCAGCAGCAGCAGCAAUUGCAGCAAGAACAGCAGCAACAGCAGCAACAGCAGCAGCAGCAGCAUCAGCAGCAGGGGAAUUUGACAGUGGAGACUGGGACAUGACAGGACAUGCAGACUCAGCUGCUGCAGAGACCCAAGCCUACAGCCAAAGUGCUGUUACCGGCACCCCUGCUGCUGCUGCUGCUGCUGCUGCUGCUGCUUUUACACCUGCGGCGUCGAUGCCUGCAUGGACCCCGCCAUCUGAGCAAACUCAGCAGCCAGCAGCAACGCCAGCAGCGGCUGCUGCUGCUGCUUCAGCUGAGGAGCAGCAAAACGGUUUGGAGCUGCAGCAGCAACAACAGCAACUGCAGCAGCAGCAAGAGCCUGCUCCACUGCUGGUGACACUCUCCCGUCUGUUUACUCG